UUAGUUGUUAGUCACUGGAAGGUAACGUUCGUGAGUCCUUUGCGUGGCUUCGGCUGUGUGAGAGUUGGCGGAGCAGCACUGUGGGGGGAAAUUGGCGUGAUAUGAUUACAGGUUAAAUAAAUUAGCCCUGUACAGUCCGGAUUUUAGAAAUAGAUGGUGCCUUGGAUAUAUCAGUGCCGUGGAAGUGUAUGGAGCAUGUGAGAUCUACUGAAUCAAUAAAAUCGAACCGUCCGUCGACCGACCAAUGAUUCUAAAAGAGACCCUUGCAAACAUGAACGCACGUCUUGGCCUGUAAGCCAUAUCACGAGCUCCGGAACAUUUCCCCCGUGGAUCACUACUUGAGACCAGUCGCCAGCGUUGAAAUCACCAUGGUGGGGCUGGUGCGAGACAUAGUCAUCCCAGUCAAAGGGGACCCCGUGCUUACCAUAGUGUGUGAGAUCCUGAGCACGCCUUCGCCAAACCAUCCCCAGCAGGAAGAGGAGCCGGAGAACCCUCACAUCACGCGGUUGUGGAAGAUGGCUUCGGCGUGGCGGGUGAUCUCCUUCUUCCUGGUGGUGUUUGUUCUGCCGACGGUGCUCAUCUCCCUGCCUCUCUACGCCCGCUACCACCUCUACCACGCCCGCCACUUGCCCAUGACGGAAACGGACACGCGGGCGCUCAAUCACGCCGUGUCCUCGUUCUGGUGCCAGGGCCAGCGGGUGACGACCAACGGCACCCUGGACGCUUUCCUUGUGGCCGGUGCUCCUCGCUUGCUCACCCAGAGGCGCCACGUCGUCCUUCGGAAGAACCUCACCCUCCAGCAUGACGACAUCGAGUACUGGGGCGUCUACCUGCUCGAGGGAUCCAGUUUCUCUCUCUCCUCGUGCGCAAGAUGGCCCGGCGGCACCCUGCUGGUGGUCGAGGGAGAGGAGAACCUGCGCAAGUGCUUCUACAAGGAGCAGAAGCUGCAGAACGAGCUCAACGGCGGGACGACAAUGCUGAAGCCCGUUUACCACGGAGACACCGAUGCCGAGCCCGACGACGGCCGGAGGGACGAGGACAAUGACGAGGACGAGGACGUCGGCGGCGAGAUCUUUAACGACGACGACCACGAGCACGACCUUCGUCUUCUGGAGGCUGACGACGGCGAGGAGAGAGAGAUCGAAGGCAACGGCGACGGAGUGGAUCUCACGGCCUCCCUGAGCCACCCCAAGAACCUGAAGGCCCUCAAGAACGAGAUGGGCAAGGCGGGCCCCUCGAAGCGCAAGUCUAGGAAGGGCAAGAAGCACAGGAAGGACAAGAAGAACGAGACGCGUCGAGGGCGGACCACGAGGUCGCGCCUCGUGGACCGCGUCCGCCGCAGCAGCCCCGCCUUCGACGACAACCGGGAGAUCACGCUGUUGGAGAAGUUGGAGAUCCUGCACAGGCUGAACGACACGGUGGACAUCACGUCGGGCAACUCCUCGUUCUCGAGCAGCGAAGAGUUCCUGGAGCAGUGCAAGGACACCAUCCUGACGAUGGACCUCUCCCCCUUCGCCGACUGCCGGGACCGCAUGGACACCAUGAACCUCAACAACGACGGCCAGUGGACGUUCAAAAUCAACAAGACGGACUACUAUUACUUCAUCUUCACUUCGGACAACUCCAUCGAGCUGAACCUCCUGGACUUCAACCUCGACCUGCAGCGCGCGAUAUAUGACGUGAGCUCCCCGCUGGACACCUGCCGGAACGCCACGGAGUGCGUGUUCCCCCUGGCCUUCACCCAGGAGGAGGCCGUCGUGGUCGAGGUCCCGGCGCAGGAGCGACUCCAAGAACUCCACUCCUUCGAGGUGACCACCACCUGCCAGCCGCGAGUGCCCGUCUACAUGGUGUUCAUCCUGCUCGUCCCCUUCAUCAUCUUGCUGUUCGCUUUCCAGUGAUUUUCUCUCUUUUAAUGUUCUUGUUUUCGAAUUUCUAAGCAGAAGCAUAAAUGCUCGUUUGUUCGUCCAUUUCGUCCCACUGAGAGGGCAAAGUUGCAGUGGUCGAAGUGAAGCUGCGGACUAUAUCAGUGUCAAAGAGAAAUACGAGAAUCGAUUGUGGCAUUGCAAAGUUGCAGCACAUGUUGCAAGCAAGCGGUGUUAUCAAAAGGCAUGCAUUCAAAAACUUGGCGUAUUGUGUAUAUAUAAACAAGAAUGCAGGAUAUAGUGGAUUCCCCCCCCCCUUGAGUUAAAAAAAAAAACUAAAAGUGACUCUGGGUAGGACAAAACCAGUGUCGUUUAAUUGGGAGUAACAAAGGCCUAGAAGAGAACAGGAAGGCGGCGCGGAAGGCGUGUCCGGCGGGGCUUGUAGGAGGCAACUGGCAUUAUCCUUCCCUCGCCUCCCGUCGCCCGAGGCCGGCCACGCACCUGCGCAAAGCUAUCUGCCAAAACAUGUGCUUCUCGAACCGCCUUUAAACUAGUCAUUUCCUCCCAGAGGUCAGUGACGCCUGGCUCAGAGUUCACUUUGACGGCGGUAAUGACGAACGAUCGUGGCGCUGGUGCCACUUCGGUCGCGUGUUGUAAAUAUCUAUCCUCCUCGAAGUGUGAUAUCAUGAUGUUCUCUUUUAGACUCGAUCAAACGAGUAAAUACAAAGUGAUCUUGUAGUGAGCUCUGGUUCCCUGAAAAUAAUCUAAAAAAAAUAGUUUGUGGAGUGCAACUCUGAAAUAAAUCCAUACUCAGAAAAUUUAAAGUUUAGAUGUAAACUACUACUGCUACUUUUACUAUCACUAAUAGUAUUACUUCUACUGUUACUUCAUUCAAUGCUGUCACGAUCAUUGCCAUGGCAUCCUAAAAUCAUUAUUAGUAUUAAAAUUUGUUUUUGAAUCCAUGUUUGACAUACAUUUCCGAGAACGACAAGGGCAUGUGAUUGCCUUAUAGUAUUAGAUUAUGAAGUCUUUCCCGUAAACGUGUGCAAGGUGUGUUUUGGUAUCUGUAGGCGUUUGCCUGGUUUUAUGUCACCCUUUGAGUGUCAUUUGUAUUUUUUUUUGUUUUUGUUUUCUUGCUACGAGAUGGUUGGGUCGUUUCCAGUAUAGGAGAGCCUGUAAAGUGCCACACGCUUACAACCUUGUAAAAAAUAUAUAUUCCAUACACUGUGAUUGUGGACACUCUUGCUUAAUAACUUAAUGCAGAUCUUGGGAUUGUUAAAAACACGUACAGAAUACUUUUCUCGAUACUAGCAAGUGAUGUAGACUUUUGUAAUUUCAAGAUAACUGAGUAUUUGGUCUGCCCAUUCUAUCCACCGCUACUGUAGCACUCGCCAAAAACAAGUAUUCCGACAAAUUAGAAAUUUCAAGGGAUAAGCUACAGUACGUGUGAAAAUGCCCUCGAUGUGCCGGUCUGGUGGUAGUCUAAUAUUGGGGUAGUUUUGUACAUCUGCUCUGUCUCACAGAGUAGUUUAUGCCAACAAAAUGAAGGCUGAUCUCAUUAUUACCUCUCCCCUUUUCACCCUAACAGAAGUCCAAAAUUUGUGAUUCGUCGAUUAUCGACUUGUGCUCACUUUCCUUUCAGUAGUAAAUAGUGUAUCUAUUUACAAAGGUGGUCGUUGACGAGGUUUUUCGAUUAAGGAAAAUUAAUUAUCUCGCUCUUCCGCUUUUCUCUAAUAUAUUUUUCAGCAAUAUGUUUUUUUUUUUUAGCGUCAUAUUGUUUGGCGAGAUCCAAGUCGUCAUUUUUAAUGUGACACAAAAUUUGUAUUGUAAUUAAAACCCUCACAUGCAUUCCACAGAUCAAUUCUUUAUUAUUUAGCUUCUUUGCCAUGUAUUCUGUAUGUACACACGGUCUUGUGCAUCAUGUGACCCCAACAUUGUGCCUUGAAGCCAGUACAAAUAUGUAUAUAUGUGAAUGUCAUUUGUAUUGAAUUCUGUUUCUUUGUAAAUUAUUUUGUACCAUUGCUCACGACAAAAUAUAACUGUUAACAAAA